GCCCAGUUGGUGUAGAAACAGCCGGGAGGAUUUCAACCGCCUGCCAUGACUUCUCGAAACACCUACCUGCGGAGACAAAAAGAGGAAUAGAGGAGAACAAACAAACAGCUUUAUUUUAUUUGUGACUGAAUUAAACUUCUCGAAAGCGAGGGAUAGGACAGGGAGCGAAGCCAAGACUGCUUGUUUAGGACCAUAUUUACUUCACUUUUACGUUUUCUAAUCAGAGCGGCAACAUGGAUGAUUUUUGACACCCCCAGCGAUCUACAUAGGCGAAGAGCCUGCCUACUCUGAGAGUGAAGAGGAGCUGAGAAGCUCCCCCGCUGCUUUUAGAGAGUGAGCGAGGAGGAUUUUUUUUUUUUUUUGGAGGUGGGGGGUGGGGGGAGCUUGGAAGCUGGAGCGGAGGCACCACGGCGGCACUCUCACACAGGCAGCCGGAGCCAUGAGCAGGGCGCUCACGGAGCACAUCAGCGGUAGCUUCCGAGAAGAUGCUCCCCGUCCUCCGGUGCCGGGGGAGGAGGGAGAGGCGUCAUGCUACAACCCGAGCAGAUCUGGCAAAAUGAGAGCCCAGAGUAAAGUUAAAGAUCUCCCCACCGCCGCUGCCGCCGCCGCUGCUGCUCUUGUCGGCUCCAUGCCACGGAGGAACGAGGAUGGACUCGGGGAGCCGGAGGGCAGCGCGUCCCCGGACUCGCCGCUCGUUCGGUGGACCAAGUCUCUGCAUUUCCUUCUCGGCGACCUGGACGGCGCUCACCUGUUCAGGACCUUCUUGGAGCGAGAGCGCUGCGUCGACGCGCUGGACUUCUGGUUCGCCUGCAACGGCUUCCGGCAGAUGGACUUAAAGGAUACCAAAACGCUGCGAGUUGCCAAAGUUAUCUUCAAGCGGUACAUCGAGAACAACAGCGUGGUGGCGAAGCAGCUGAAACCGGCCACCAAGACCUUCAUAAGGGAUAGUAUCAAGAAGCAGCAGAUAGAUUCGGCCAUGUUCGACCAGGCGCAGACGGAGAUCCAGUCCCACAUGGAGGAGAACGCGUACCAGAUGUUCCUGACCUCUGACAUAUACCUCGAAUACGUGCGCACUGGCUGCGAGAACGCCGCCUACAUGAACCACGGCGGGCUGGGCAGCCUCAAGCUGAUGUGCGGAUAUCUUCCUCCUCUCAUGGAGGAAGAGGAGUGGAGUUGCAGUGACCUGAAGGCGAAAGCUUUGGGGUCUGUGGUGGGACUGUCUGCGAAGAACCUGAGGGCUACUGCUACUAUCCGGACAGCAGCUGAAGUGCUGGAGAAGACCUACAGGACCCAUCGACGAGGAGACCCCGCCAGCCCGUACUUCAUCAACUCCGGCUACAUUUUCGCCCCCGCCACCAGUGCCAACGACAGCGAGAUCUCAAGCGACGCAGCGACAGACGACUCUCUGUCGAUGACUGACAGUAGUGUAGAUGGAAUCCCUCCUUACAAGAUGUGCAGCAAGAAGCAGCUGCAGCGAGAGAUGCAUCGUAACGUUAAGAUCAACGGCCAAGUUACGCUACCCCACUUUCCUAGGACACACCGGCUGCCUAAGGAGAUGACCCCAGUCGAGCCCUCAGCUUUUGCUGCACAGCUCAUCGCCAAACUGGAGAAGCUGAAGCGUGAGCAGGACACGAUGAGCUCUCUUGAGGAGAGGCUGCAGCAAAUUCAGGAGGAGGACGAGAGGGAGGAAAUCAACGACCUGAGCAGCAGCAGCUGCCUUCAUCAUCCCCUGCUGCCAUCCGCAAGCCAAUGUGAGGAAGACCCCCAGGCCAUCUUAGACGAGCACCUUUCCCGUGUCCUGAAGACGCCCGGCUGCCAGUCGCCUGGCGUCGUCCGGCACUCGCCACGAUCUCGCUCCCCGGAUCAGACUGGCGUUCUGGUGUCCUCUGGCCACGCGACUCUUUUUGGUGCUUAUCAAGGGUCCGCUAAGGUUCUGAUGACAGGCAGGCAGUCCACGAAGCACAUCCACCACCACUACAUCCACCAUCACCAUGCUGGGCCCAAAACCAAGGAGCAGAUUGAGACCGAAGCGGCUCAGCGCGUGCAGUGCCUCUGCCCUCAAGGGGGCGCCAAUUACUCCGACUUCACACCUGCUCGCUGCAGCACUUUGUCCAGACGACCAGUGAAGGCCUCCGAUGAGGGUGUGUCUUCACCAUGCCUUCCCAUGGUUUCCACCGACCGCUCUCAGAAUGUUUGGCAGUGGAUCCUGGAGAGCGAGAGGCAGGGCAAGCACAAGCCCCACAGCACUCAAGGCCUAAAGAAGUCCAGUCCUCUCGAUUCCAAGAUCCUUCCUGCUAGGACCAACACCUGGGGUGGAGCUGGCACCUGCAAUGGGAGUCACCUCCGUGGCCAUCACCCAGGCCAUCCUUUCAUCCAGGAUCCUGCGAUGCCACCCUUACCCCCUCCCAACACCCUGGCACAGCUUGAGGAGGCUUGUCGCAGACUGGAAGAGGUUUCCAAGUCGCCAAAGCAGAGGCAUUCAACAACGUCUGGCAGCCUUCAGAGAGACAGGAGCCAUCCACCUGCUGGAACCGGUGCAGGCUCCUCUCAAACCAACCCUGAAGAGUCUAAGGAGCUGGUGGUAACAUACUUUUUCUGUGGCGAGGAAAUUCCUUAUCGCAGCAUGAUGAAGACCCACUGCCUCACCCUGGGUCACUUCAAAGAACAGCUCAGCAAGAAAGGCAACUACCGGUACUACUUCAAGAAGGCGAGCGAUGAGUUUGAGUGUGGAGCGGUGUUCGAGGAGGUGUGGGAAGAUGCCACUGUGCUGCCCAUGUACGAGGGCAAGGUCCUGGGCAAAGUGGAGAGGAUGGACUGAAAAUAAAAACCAACAAAAAAAAAAACAAUAACACAAACAACCAGUGCCCUUCCCAUGCCCAACCACAAGUUAAGCUUUCCCUUAAGACCUUGAGCAACAGACUCUAUGAAAAAAAACAAACAAACAAACAAAAAAAAAAACCUCUGGACUUUUUUUUUUUAUAUAUAUAUAUAUUUCUUAUUGUUAAGCUAAACAGAGUUAAUAUAUCCAGCACAAGAAACGCGAUUGAAGGAAGACGAGCCAAUGAAGUAUGCCGAACUCAGAGGAGGAGCCGCCCCCUCCCUGACUCGCUCAACCAAUCAGCCUUAGAUCACACAAAGGGACGAAACUUUGAAGACCAACGCAAGAAUCGGAGGCCAGGGGGGAGGAGAGACCCCGACUCCUCUUGAAGAUAACCACUGAAGAAACCGUCGAGUUGCGACGCGACGGCAGACUGAUGGUGUCCUGUGCAGAGGGCUAAGCAGGCGCCAACAGAAACGCCCAUACGUGUGCAUAUACAUACAUAUAUAUGUAUAUAUACACAUAUUUUAUAUAUAUAUAGAUAUAUAUAUAUACAUACAUAUAUAUCUAUAUAUGUAUAUAUAAUCCUUUUUGUCUUGAGUUUAAAGUUUUAUUUAGUAUUUAUUAAAAUAACCCUUCCCUCUCCCUCUCCCAUCUCUUAAUCCGUUGACCCCGCCCCCUUUCCCCAUCUCCAGCCAAUAAUCAAGCUGCUUUGAAUGUUGGGAGAAUACUGUAGCGAUGCCGUUUCAGGUUUUGUCCGUUUUUAUGUUCCGCAAAGGUCGUCACACUAGCCUUGUUGCCACUUUCGACCCAAAAUAACGACCUGAGCGUGGGUCCAAUCCAAAGCUUCAUUACGCUCACGGUGGAUCCCCGUUUUAUAUGCUGCUGAUAGUUUUGUUCAAAGUUGUCACACCAGGAUCUCCCAGCACUCAUAGUCUCUCUCUCUCUCUCUCUCCCCCGUCCCUCCCUUCCUCCCUGACUUUAGCGACAGAGCUCAAUCUUUUUUUGUUGUGCCUUUGUUUGUAAACCAGGCAUUGCACAGGGAUGGGAAAUAAAGGGGGGGAGGGGGGGGCUGGAUGGAGGGGUGGGCAGAUUCACACAGAGAGAAGGCCUAAUAAAGACAGUGUUUACAUCCCGCACACCGAAAUAACUCAUGGUAACAGGAAUCGGUUUGAGCCACUGAGAGCGACUUCUCGACAAAGUCGGCCGACAAGUGCGGGAGGAAAAAAGAAACAAAAAUGUAAAAAAAAGAUAAAUAUAUAUAUACAUAUAUAUAUAUAUACAAAACAGCAAAAACAUCGUGAAGAAUCUCCGCUCCAGUAUCUUUUGAAUGUUGUUACAGUAAGACCGAAUAUAGCAGAGCUCCUGCGUAUAUUGUAAUUAUGCAUUCUGAAGUAUGAAUACUGAAACACACACAGACACAAACACAUGACUGCUGGUGUUUCUUGAGUACAGCACCUGUGCCUACAUGGAUGCCAUACCAUGUGCUACCCUGUUUCAGGGUUUUAAUAUAUAUCCCUUGGUUUUCAGAAGGGUUUUAUGUUGAGAAGAUAUUUUUAUGCUUUUAAUAAUGUCCUGUAAUCAUGUUUUUUUUUUUUCUUUUUGUAAAUUUUAUUUUAUUUGGGUUCCUCUUUUUACACCAUGGCCUUUUUUUGUUUGUUGUUUUUGGUUCAUAAUAUCUAAACUGUAAAUUAUACAUUAUAUACAGAGUUUCAUUUAAAGAUUUACAUGGAUCUAUAAUUAUUGUAAUUAUUGAGAGAUGUAGCCUUUAUUAAAGUUUUAUAUUUUUCAAAUGAAAGCAGGUGUACUUAUUUCAUGUUUUCGCAGAGUGACAUCAUAAGUAUCCAUAUUGUUUUAUUUAUUGAUAGACCAAGACAAUAAUGGUGACGCUCAAAGGAAAGUUGACGUGUUUUAUUUAACGAGUUAAUUUUAUUCCGCUUUUCUGAUGCCAAAGUGAUGAGCAAUGUUGGUGCAAACAGAACGUAUGAAGGAUUUAUUUCAGUAAUAGUAUUCUCCUCACCACUAUUCCGUAAGACUUGAUUUGUACAGAGCAGGACGACUGACCGUCUGCAGUGUCUGGACUGAGCCGUGGAUCUCUGCUGGUCCUCCAGUCACCGUCACCCUCCUGGCUGCUGCUUUGAUUAAUUAGUUUAAGUAGGUAGCCUUGUUUUCAUAGGUUUGUAGUUUUUAUCAAAAAUUGUCACCAUUGAGCUUUAGUUGAAAAAAAAAAAAAGUCUUAUUAUUAAUUGUUUUCCCCACUGAACAAAAGUGAAGGUUAAACUCUUUUCUCUACAUUCUAAGCGUAAGAUUCAGCUCGUACAGUAAAAUGUUUUACUUUGAGGUUCGGAGCACUUCCUCACCAUGGGCGCCAUAACUUAUGGAAGUGGCUGCAGGUCAUAGUUUACUCAGAAUCAAGCAUGUCAAGCAAAGAGCAGCAUCAUCGAAUGAGGCAAUAU